CCCGCGUGGUACGCGCCGGCCUCUGGCUGGCCGCCCCUCCCCGUCGGUUUCCGCGCGAAAAGCCGGGGCGCCCCGCACUGCUCCCCGCUCCGCUGCCGUCCGCGAUGCCGGCCCGCACCGCCCCCGCCCGCGUGCCCGCCCUGGCCGCCCCGGCCAUCGCGCUGCCCGACCACGUCCGCCGGCGGCUCAAAGAUUUGGAAGGAGACAGCUUGUCAGAAAAAGAAUGCGUGAAGGAGAAGCUGAGUCUCCUGCAUGAGUUUCUGCAGAAGGAGCUCCAGAGUCAGUUGUGUGACCUAGAGACGAAGUUGCGGAAGGAGGAGCUCUCUGAGGAGGGCUACCUGGCUAAAGUCCAAUCCCUUUUAAAUAAAGAUUUGUACUCGGAGAACGGGGCCUUCAGCCGAGACGCCAAAGGCUGCGUAGCCAACGGGAACAGCCAGGCCAGCGGCCCGGAGAGGCGGGCAGGGAUGGCGGAGCCCGGCAGCCCUGGCAAACCCAGCGCCAAAACGCGCACGCUCAGGAGAAGCAAGGCCGACGCUGAGGCCAAGUUGGAAACCUUGCCCAGUCCCAGGGCUACUGCCCGAAGAACCACGAGGCAGACGACCAUCACCUCGCACUUCACCAGGAGCAGCCCUGCCAAGCGCAAGCCCGUGGAGGAGUCGGAGAAGGUGAGGUUGGAUGAGUCCAUUGACGAGGAGGACACGGAUCAGGACAAGCGACGGAGGUUGCGGUCCAAGGAGCGAGCCCCAGAGCUUCCUCCUGCAGAGGAAUGCGGAAAGGCGAGUCCGGGAGCCCACCACGCCGCCACUGCAGCCGACAUGGAGGACAAGACCAGUAAAAGGAGAGAAAGGAGACGGCCUAGGAGUGAAACCAUGCUGAAGCCUGGAGCAAGACUGGAGGAGGAGCCGGACCAAGAGGCCGGCCCGGGAACAGAUGACAGAGGGGAGGAGGACACAAAUGAGAAGGAGGAAAAGAGGUAUAAAACCACACCCAAAGAACCAACGGAGAAAAAAGUGGCCCGAACCAAAGUUGUGGUGAGCUCCAAGGCCCAGCCUCCCAAGUGCGUGCAGUGUGGGCAGUACCUGGAUGACCCCGACCUCAAAUACGAGCAUCACCCCUCGGACGCGCUGGAGGAGCCAGAGAUGCUGACAAACGAUAAGCUGUCCAUCUUCGACGCCAACGAGUCUGGCUUUGAGAGUUACGAGGCCCUGCCCCAGCACAAGCUGACCUAUUUCAGCGUGUACUGCAAGCAUGGCCACUUGUGCCCCAUCGACACCGGCCUCAUUGAGGAGAAUGUGGAGCUGUGUUUCUCAGGCUUCGCCAAGCCCAUCUACGAGGAGAACCCGGCUCCCGACGGUGGCGUCAGUGGCAAGAACCUUGGCCCCAUCAAUGAGUGGUGGAUCACGGGCUACGACGGUGGGGAGAAGGCGCUCAUCGGGUUCAGCACCUCCUUUGCAGAGUACAUCCUCAUGGACCCCAGUCCCGAUUACGCGCCCAUCUUUGGGUUGAUGCAAGAAAAAAUCUACAUCAGCAAGAUUGUGGUCGAGUUCCUACAGGGCAACCCCGACGCCACCUACGAAGACCUCAUCAACAAGAUCGAGACCACCGUGCCUCCCUCCUCGCUGAACCUGAACCGCUUCACGGAGGACUCCCUGCUGCGCCACGCCCAGUUUGUGGUGGGGCAGGUGGAGAGCUAUGACGGAGCCAAGGACUUGGACGAGCAGCCCAUCUUCCUGUCGCCCUGCAUGCGUGACCUCAUCAAGCUGGCUGGGGUCACCCUGGGGCAGAGGCGAGCAGAAAGACGCCAGUCCAUCAGGCACUCCAACAAGGAGAAGGAUAAGGGCCCCACGAAGGCCACCACCACCAAGCUCGUGUACCAGAUCUUCGACACCUUCUUCGCCGAGCAGAUAGAGAAGGACGACCGGGAGGACAAGGAGAACGCCUUCAAGCGGCGGCGCUGCGGGGUCUGCGAGGUGUGCCAGCAGCCCGAGUGUGGUAAGUGCAAGGCCUGCAGGGACAUGGUCAAGUUCGGAGGCAGCGGCCGGAGCAAGCAGGCCUGCCAAGAGCGGAGGUGCCCCAACAUGGCCAUGAAGGAGGCCGACGACGACGAGGAGGUGGACGACGACAUCCCCGAGGUCCCAUCGCCCCGCAAGAUGCACCAGGGCAAAAAGAAGAAACAGAACAAGAACUGGAUCACGUGGAGCGGAGAGGCCGUCAAGGUCGAGGGAAAGAAGAACUAUUACCAGAAGGUGUGCCUGGACGCGGAGACCCUGGAAGUGGGCGACUGUGUUUCCGUGAUCCCGGACGACUCCUCCAAGCCCCUGUACCUGGCGAGAAUCACGUCCUUGUGGGAGGAUGGCAGCAGCGGACAGAUGUUCCACGCGCACUGGUUCUGCGCCGGCAGCGACACGGUCCUGGGGGCCACGUCGGACCCGCUGGAGCUGUUCCUGGUGGACGAGUGUGAAGACAUGCAGCUCUCCUACAUCCACAGCAAAGUCAAGGUCUUCUACAAGGCGCCCUCAGAGAACUGGGCCAUGGAGGGAGGCAUGGACCCCGAGUCUGUUCAGGCCGGCGAUGACGACGGAAAGACCUAUUUCUACCAGCUGUGGUACGACCAGGAGUAUGCGAGAUUUGAGUCCCCUCCCCAGACCCAGCCCACAGAAGACAACAAGUACAAGUUCUGUGCCAGCUGCGCCCGCCUGGCGGAGAUGAGGCAGAAGGAGAUCCCUCGGGUGCUGGAGCAGCUCGAGGACCUGGACGCCCGCGUCCUGUACAGCUCCGCCACCAAGAACGGCGUCCUGUACCGCGUGGGCGACAGCGUGUACCUGCUGCCUGACGCCUUCACCUUUAACAUCAGGCCGUCCAGCCCCGUGAAGCGGUCGCGCAAGGAGCACCUGGAUGAGGAGCUGUACCCAGAGCACUACCGCAAGUACUCGGACUACAUCAAAGGCAGCAACCUGGACGCGCCCGAGCCCUACCGCAUCGGCCGCAUCAAGGAGAUCUUCUGUGCCAAGAAGAGCAACGGCCGGCCCAACGAGGCCGACAUCAAGAUCCGGCUCAACAAGUUCUACAGGCCCGAGAACACGCACCGAUCCACCCCUGCCAGCUACCACGCGGACAUCAACCUGCUGUACUGGAGCAAUGAGGAGGCCGUGGUGGACUUCAAGGCCGUGCAGGGCCGUUGCACCGUGGAGUACGGGGAGGACCUGCCCGAGUGCCUGCAGGACUACUCGGACGGCGGCCCCGACCGCUUCUACUUCCUGGAGGCGUACAACGCCAAGACCAAGAGCUUUGAGGACCCUCCGAACCACGCUCGCAGCCCUGGGGCCAAAGGGAAGGGCAAGGGCAAGGGAAGAAGCAAGUCCUCUCCAACCAGCGAGCCAAGCAAGUCGGAGCUGGACAUAAAGCUGUCGAAGCUGCGGACCCUGGAUGUGUUUUCGGGCUGCGGGGGGCUAUCGGAGGGGUUCCACCAGGCAGGCAUCUCCGAGACGAUGUGGGCCGUUGAAAUGUGGGAGCCGGCGGCCCAGGCGUUCCGCCUCAACAACCCCGAGUCCACGGUGUUCACGGAGGACUGCAAUGUGCUGCUCAAGCUGGUCAUGGCUGGCGAGAAGACCAACUCGCUGGGCCAGAGGCUGCCGCAGAAGGGCGACGUGGAGAUGCUGUGUGGUGGGCCGCCGUGCCAGGGCUUCAGCGGCAUGAACCGCUUCAACUCGCGCACCUACUCCAAGUUCAAGAAUUCGCUGGUGGUCUCCUUCCUCAGCUACUGCGACUACUACCGGCCCCGCUACUUCCUGCUGGAGAACGUGCGAAACUUCGUGUCCUUCAAGCGCUCCAUGGUCCUGAAGCUCACCUUACGCUGCCUGGUCCGCAUGGGCUAUCAGUGUACCUUUGGCGUGCUGCAGGCUGGCCAGUACGGCGUGGCGCAGACCCGGAGACGGGCCAUCAUCCUGGCCGCGGCGCCCGGUGAGAAGCUGCCCCUCUUCCCGGAGCCUCUGCACGUGUUCGCGCCCCGGGCCUGCCAGCUGAGCGUCGUGGUGGACGACAAGAAGUUUGUCAGCAACAUCACCAGGCUGAGCUCGGGCCCCUUCCGCACCAUCACGGUUCGGGACACCAUGUCUGAUCUCCCGGAGAUCCGGAACGGGGCCUCGGCGCCCGAGAUCUCCUACAACGGUGAGCCACAGUCCUGGUUCCAGCGGCAGCUCCGGGGCACGCAGUACCAGCCCAUUCUCCGAGACCACAUCUGCAAGGACAUGAGCGCCCUGGUGGCCGCCCGGAUGCGAUACGUCCCCCUGGCACCGGGUUCUGACUGGCGCGACCUGCCCAACAUCGAGGUGCAGCUGGCUGAUGGCACACUGGCCAAAAAACUGCGCUACACACACCACGACCCCAAGAACGGCCGUAGCAGCACGGGCGCCCUCCGCGGCGUGUGCUCCUGCGCGGAAGCUGGCAAGGCCUGCGACCCCAUGGCCCGGCAGUUCAACACUCUCAUCCCCUGGUGUCUGCCCCACACCGGGAACCGGCACAACCACUGGGCCGGCCUCUACGGGCGGCUCGAGUGGGACGGCUUCUUCAGCACCACUGUCACCAACCCUGAGCCCAUGGGCAAGCAGGGCCGCGUGCUGCACCCGGAGCAGCACCGUGUGGUCAGCGUGCGGGAGUGCGCCCGCUCCCAGGGCUUCCCUGACACCUACCGGCUCUUCGGCAACAUCCUGGACAAGCACCGGCAGGUGGGGAACGCCGUGCCACCCCCUCUGGCCAAAGCCAUUGGCCUGGAGAUCAAACAGUGUCUGUUGGCUAAAGCUCGGGAGAGCGUCUCAGGUACCGGGGCCGGGCAAGUGGGAGUGGGGGCGAGCAGCCAGCCACGGGCCUGGGUCACCGCCCCUUGCGUCUGCUUGCAGCCAAAAUCGAGGAGGAGGAACAGAAGGUGGAGCCUGCCGGCUCACACGUGCGCCGGCUCAGACGUGCCGUCCGCAACCACGGCCGGCCUGAGCCCGCGCGGGACUCGCUCACCGGCCAGCGGCUUCACGGCGGCCCCUGUGUGGUCUCCUGUAUGCGCUCUGGGUUCUUAA